AUGGCAUCAUUCAGUUUUUAUCUAGUACUAAUGAUCAUCAUGAUUUUCAUGCCCUCACCUCUCCUUUCAUCAUAUUCACAACCACAACAACCUCUUCCUGAAGUUCCCACACUCUCCUCUUCUUCACCAGCAACAAAAACAGAUCCUUCUCCAUCUUCACUCUUUCCUUCCCAAGAUUUGUCACCUGACAUUGCUCCACUUUUGCCUUCUUCUGGUGGUGCUUUGCCAACUCCUACAGGCUCUGACAUUCCCACUAUUCCUUCCAAUCCAAGUCCUCCAAACCCAGAUGACAUCAUUGCUCCAGGACCCUUUUCUGCAUUUGCACCAUAUGGAUCAGUACAAGCUACUUCCAAUGCUCAUAGAAGUGUAGUUUUUGACAUAGCAACUAUUGCUUUUGCAUGUUUAGCAGCAUACAUUUCUUUGCAGUAA